AGGCUAGCCCAUCUGUCACUCCAAUCGAUUCUCUCAGGGAGCCUCCUAUUGCUGGCACCAUGACAGUGAGGGGCGCUGAGCUGGCCCCAGACCCAGCGUCGCCCACAACCGCAGCAGCUUCGCCCAGCGUUACUGCGACCCCUGAGGGUAGCCCCACAGCCAUGGAGCAGCCUGUGUUCCUGAUGACCACCGCUGCCCAGGCCAUCUCUGGCUUCUUCGUGUGGACGGCCCUGCUCAUCACCUGCCACCAGAUCUACAUGCACCUGCGCUGCUACAGCUGCCCCAACGAGCAGCGCUACAUCGUACGCAUCCUCUUCAUUGUGCCCAUCUACGCCUUCGACUCCUGGCUCAGCCUGCUCUUCUUCACCAACGACCAGUACUACGUGUACUUUGGCACAGUCCGCGACUGCUAUGAGGCCUUGGUCAUCUAUAACUUUCUGAGCCUGUGCUAUGAGUACCUCGGGGGAGAGAGCUCCAUCAUGUCGGAGAUCAGAGGGAAGGCCAUUGAGUCCAGCUGUAUGUACGGCACCUGCUGCCUCUGGGGCAAGACCUACUCCAUUGGAUUCCUGCGCUUCUGCAAACAGGCCACCUUGCAGUUCUGUGUGGUGAAGCCACUCAUGGCCGUCAGUACUGUGGUCCUCCAGGCCUUUGGCAAGUACCGGGAUGGGGACUUUGAUGUCACCAGCGGCUACCUCUAUGUGACCAUCAUCUAUAACAUCUCCGUCAGCCUGGCCCUUUACGCCCUCUUCCUCUUCUACUUCGCCACGCGAGAGCUGCUCAGCCCCUACAGUCCUGUCCUCAAGUUCUUCAUGGUCAAGUCUGUCAUCUUUCUCUCCUUCUGGCAAGGCAUGCUGCUGGCUAUUUUGGAGAAAUGUGGGGCCAUCCCCAAGAUCCACUCAGCCCGCGUGUCGGUGGGUGAGGGCACUGUGGCAGCCGGCUACCAGGACUUCAUCAUCUGUGUGGAGAUGUUCUUUGCUGCCCUGGCCCUGCGGCAUGCCUUCACCUACAAGGUCUACGCUGACAAGAGGCUGGAUGCACAAGGCCGAUGCGCCCCAAUGAAGAGCAUCUCCAGCAGCCUCAAGGAGACCAUGAACCCGCACGACAUCGUGCAGGAUGCCAUCCACAACUUCUCACCCGCAUACCAGCAGUACACACAGCAGUCCACACUAGAGCCUGGGCCCACCUGGCGGGGUGGUGCCCACAGCCUCUCGCGUUCCCACAGCCUCAGCGGUGCCCGAGACAAUGAGAAGACUCUCCUGCUCAGCUCUGACGAUGAGUUCUAGGCAGGGCGCAGGUGGGGAAGGACUGGCGCUGUGCCAGGGGCAGCUGUGCCCUCCCCUGGCCUCACAGACCAGGAGGCAACUGGUGCGGCUUUGCCAUUGCCCUUUAUUUAUUGGACCAGAAACCCUCACAUAUCACUUCCAGAAGAGCAGGCGGAUGAUGCUGCCUGCCUGUGGGACAGCCUGGCUCUCCUGGCCUUCAGGAGUAUGUACACAGACAGGGCCAAGGGCAGAAGACACUGGUCUCGAUGCCACUCACCCGCAGCCUGUCAUGGGCCAAGGCACGCCAGGACCAGCCAUGCUCACAUCCAAAUGUCUGUGUGUGGACCAGUGGCCUCAGUCUUCUAAGCCACUCCCCAGGAGAGCUGAGGCCCUAGGGCCCGGCCCAGCCCCCCAUACCGUGCAAUACCCCAACUGGGCUCUUCCCUACCUGCUCCCCUCCCUUACCCACCUUUGUCCAAUGCUAGAUUUGCCUCUCCAGGCAGGAGGAGGGGGUGUGGACACUCUGGACCCCUCCUCCUGAUCUGGGACUGCCUGGCAUGCUGCAAGGAUCACAGCCAGACCCUGGGGUCCCACUAGAUAGGUCUCAUCCUCCAGGCCCUUUGCUUGGUGAAGCAGGAGGCACUGGGCUCCUGGCUGUCCUCACUGUGGCCACUCUGCCCAACUCCUGGCCUGGCAAGAACGGUCAGCAGCCUGCACUGCCCUAUCUCAUGGGUUCUGCUCUUGAUGGAGUCUGGGGCAGAGCCCCGGCUUCCUGGCUGCUCCUCACUCAGGGGAUGUCGACCCCCCCUCCCCCUUCCUGGUUAGAGCGGUCCUAGCCUCUCCCUGGGGCUGCCCCUUCCUGUUUGCACAGGGAAGGUUUAAAUUUCCACAUUUCACAUCAGCCCCCAGGGAGGCCAGGAGGGAUGGCCAUGCUGCAGGGGGCCAGAGGUGGGAAGGGCGGUCCCAGACGCCUUCCAGGUCCCCUGUCCACACAGGGCCUGGUGUUCUGCCUUGUCUGGCCCCUAGCCCGUCUCUUCUGUGCCUUAGUCACACAUGAAAGCUCCCUUCCUAGCUCCCAGUCUGCCCCAGACAUGCCCUUUGGGUGUCUUGUAGUUGCUGGCACUCAGGAUCCUGCAGCACUGGGCCAGGUGCCCUUGACAGGCCUCAGGAGUGGCUGGGUUCUCCUGUUCCCUCCCGUUGUCCCUUCCACCCCAUAUACCUGGCGCCUCCUUGAAGGCCGGAGUCCCCAGGCAGACAGAGCUUAUGCCAGCCACUGUCCCAGAAAGAGCCCCCAAGGCCCCUGUUCUGCAGGCAGAGUCCUGCAUUUGGGCUGCAGUAGCCUGGAGAAGUGGAUGGAGUAGAGAGAGGAGGCUGCUCCCUGCUUGUGGCCUUCACUAGAAACCUGCUUUUGGUCCCUCCUGGAAUGACCAGGCUCCUGGGAUCUGUGAGGAGGGCCUGUGGGGGCAGUGGCACCUCAGAAGCCUUCUCAGCCUCCUGCCCUCCUUGUAGCCCAGAGGCCAGCUCCAGGCCCCAU